GUCGGUAAGCUUUAGAGCUAGUGCUUCCUAAUUUACCGGUGUAGAAAUUCACAGGAAAGAGCCUUCACACGCAGAAAAACAUUGGGUGAGUUGGAAGCAUCCCUUUUCUGGUUCCUCCAUCUCUUUCCUUUUUUCUCAUCCCUCUCCUUCUUCUCUCUCAAAAACCUCACAAAUUCACACAACUUCACACCAAAUCACAACCUCUCUCUCAAAUCCAAACCCAACCCAUUUCUCAAAAUGACAGACAGAGUCUACCCAUCUUCCAAACCCACCACCAAUGGCGGCGCCACCGUGCCCGCCGUCGCUAAUACCACUGCCGCCACAGCGAACCCAUCAAACACCAAGCCCCAACUCCGGCAACCAUACCGCCCACAACCCCAGUACCACCACCGCCGACACCGCAGGAGCAACUGCCACUGCAACUUCUGCUGCUGCUGCUUCUGGUCCAUCCUCAUCAUCUUAGCCCUCGCCCUCCUCGCAGCCAUAGCCGGCGCCGCCGUCUACAUCCUCUACCGUCCUCACCGCCCUGAAUUCACACUCACCUCCGUCCGCAUUGCCAAGCUCAACCUCACCACCUCCUCCGACUUAUCCACUUCACACCUCACUACCCUCUUCAACCUCACCCUCUCCACCAAAAACCCUAACAACCACCUCACCUUCUCCUACGAGCCCUUUGCUCUGUCUCUCUCGUCCAGCGACGUCCAAAUCGGAAACGGGUCGAUCCCGGCUUUCACCAGCGGCACCAAAAACAGCACCUUUUUUCGCUCCAUUUUGUCGACCUCUCAGGAUCUCGAUGUCGAGUCGGUGAAGUCUCUGAGAUCGGAUCUGAGGAAAAAGACCGGGGUGGCGUUGACGUUGCAGAUGGACACCAAAGUGAAGGUGGCGAUGGGGAAGUUGAAGAGCAAGAAGGUGGGCAUUAGGGUUACGUGUGAAGGGAUUAAAGGGGCUGUACCUAAAGGCAAGUCCCCGUCGGUGGCUUCGGUUGCUAACUCCAAGUGCAAGGUUGAUCUUCGGAUCAAGAUCUGGAAAUGGACCUUUUAAUUAAGGUUGUUUUCAUUACGUCAAUGCAAUUUUUUCUUUCUUUCUUAUAAUGAAUUUUUCGAGGGGGACUUUGUAAACUUUCGAGGAGGAUUAAAAGAUCAUAAAAUUGGUGCUACAAGAAAAUUUCAGGUUGAUACAAGUUGGGGGUAGGUUUAAGUGCAAAUUUGGGGUUCAAAUUAGAAUCCUUCUUUUCUUUUUUUUUCUUUCUUCUUCCUUCUUCCUUGAUACUUUGGUGAUGUAAGUGAAGUGAAUUUGAUUUUUUUUAAUUUUUUUAUGGCAAUGCAUUCUGAUAAUACUUUCUCUU